AUGGGUACAGCCAAGCAAAGCCAAAAUAGAAAGAAGUUCACGAGGGAGUACAAGGUUAAAGAGAUCCAAAGGAGUAUUACGAAGAAGACCAGACUGAGGAAGGAAUACCUUAAAGCUCUAAAAGAUGAAGGGUAUACCAUACCAGAAAAGGAGCCUAGAACCGUGGCAAAAGAAUCUGUAAGGAAGAUUAAGGAAGCCAGGGCAAUGGAAGGAAAGAAAAAACUAGACGAGAAGAAGGAGAUCAAGAAACAAAGAAAGAGAAUGCAAAGGGACGAAUUGAACAAGCAAAAAAGUGAACAGUUGGAGAGAAUUAGAGUAUCGAAGGAGAAAUUUCAGGUAAGAGAAGAUAGGAAGAAGAAACUAACCCAAAAAACAAGGACGGGUCAACCCUUGAUGGGCCCUAAAAUAGAAGACCUUUUGGAUAAGAUUAAGACAGAUGAUACUUAUACUUCCUGA